AAUAAAUAUAUCUCUGUUUCCACGGCAGAUCAUAUCCACCCGUUUUACAUAAAUUCGCAGUUGAAGUAAAAGUCAAGAUCAUUUUGAGGAAGCCUUUAAAAAAGAAAGAUCAUCAAAAAAAAUAUGUCGUGCCUGUCGUCUAAUAACCUCGUUUUGUUUGGCCUCGUGCUUGUUACCACUGGUCAAUUUGGCGUCUCUACCGUUGUGAGAGAAAGCAGGGCUUUAAACGUCCCCUUGAAUGGGGGUAUAACGCUAAAUUUUGAAGAGGGUAUGCGUGAUUUCAUUGUUAAUGGAAAAGGCGUUGGUAUUCAAGGACAGACUUUGGUCGCUUUCCAAGCUACUCUUACAAGUGGUAUUCUUGGACCUAACUACGCUGAUGGCGCAAUUAAAUUCAACGACGUGGCUUUAAACAUUGGAAACGGCUACAAUCCAAGCACCGGAAAAUUUACUGCUCCCACCGCAGGUCUUUACCAGUUUACUGCAACGUACCUUCAAAAUAAUGGAUACAACUCUCGCGUUAGGCUAAUGAAGAAUAAUAAUAUGAUCAGUAAAAUGCAUUCAAACCACAAGAGUUACGAUCAACUGACGAAAACAAUUUUUGUAGUUUUGGCAAAGGGCGACACUUUCUGGGUUGAGUUGGUUAACGGUAGUACCUAUGCCAUUUAUGGCGGGAGUGGUCGAUAUACCGAAUUCGGUGGAUUUCUUUUGUCAGCCAGUCUCCAACAAGAAUCACCAUAACCAGAAUUAAGCGCUAACUCACGCAUGCAUGUAUGCGUUGCCUGAAGUGCUACUUACUAUAUCAUUAUAAUUGUUAUAUAUACCUGAUUAUUUUGCACGUUUACAUGCAUUUUAACUUUGUAUUAAAAA